AUGGCACAGAACGUGACGACAGCCUCAAAUGGCUUCCUCUCCUUCGUGGCAGAGGACGUUAAGCAGUCACCCGCAAGGUACUUGACUGGGUUGGCGUUGCUUUUGUCCGUCAUCUUUCUACAGAAGCUCUCAUCUCCUAGUCUUGAUGAGAGGGAGCCCCCCUUGCUCAAGCCUGGUAUUCCUGUCAUAGGCCAUCUUGUUGGGAUGAUGAAGCACCAUGGUGGCUACUUCCAGAUUCUAUUUGACAAGACCCGCGCUCGGAUUGGCACCUUGCCUAUCCUUGGCGGAAAGCUGUACAUCAUCUUUGAGCCGUCCAUGGUCCAGUCAGCCUACAGAAACAAGAACCUGGCAUUUGAGCCGUUUGCCGUUGAGUUUGCUCAGAGAGAGCUCGCCAUUUCAAACGAGGCAGCCAGAAUCGUCCGAGAAACCAAUCUCGUGCCUGAUUUCUUCUCCGUCAUCACCAAGUCAAUGGCGGGAGAGUACACACAUCGGAUGAACGCCAAUGCUCUAAAAUAUGUAUCAAUGGAGCUUGAGGCCCUAGGCAGCAGCGAGCCCUUGAAGAUUCCAAACAUGUAUCUCUGGGUGCGAGAUAUGAUGACCAUUGCCACGACGGAGGCCUUGUAUGGGCCUGACAACCCCAUCAAGGGCAACCCCGGCUUGAUGGAAGACCUCUGGACUUUCGAGGCUGGCUUGACUGGAAUCUUGCUCAACGUUUUCCCAAGCAUCACGGCACGAGCUGCCCACUACGCAAGGGCCAGACUACAAGCUGCUUUAAGAAAAUACUACGGCGCAAUGAAGGACCAACACGAGGAUGCAGCUCAGAUUGUCAAGGGUCGAGCGACAGUGCUUCGCAGCUAUGGUAUCGGCGCCGAAGUCGGUAACUUUGAGCUUGCUUUGCUUCAUGUGUCGACAGCCAACACUAUCCCUACGCUCUUUUGGUUCAUGGCACAAAUCUACGCUCGACCUGAACUUGUCUCUCGCCUGAGAGAAGAGGUGGUGCCUGCGGCACAAUACGGGGAUGACAACGAGGUUACUAUCGACAUCACUACCCUCGACCAAAAGUGUCCACUACUUGUCAGCUGUUACCGUGAAGCCAUCCGUCUAUCUAACCAGACUGUGGGUAACCGCAGAGUUAUGGAGGACACCACCAUCUCCGACGGAAAGGGUAGUUCAUACCUCCUCAAGAAGGGUCUCAACGUGCAAAUGUCAGCCCAGGUUCUCCACACAUUGCAUAGUGUCUGGGGCAACGACGUGAUGGAGUUUGAUCCUGAGAGAUUCAUUGAAAAGGGCGGAAAGGAGAACCUCCAGUCUGAUCGGGCAAAGAGGACGUCGUUUGCUCCUUUUGGCGGUGGACGUCAUCUGUGCCCUGGGCGUAACUUUGCCUUUGCUGAGAACCUUGGGUUGAUGACUUGUCUACUCCUUGGAUUUGAUGUUUCACCUCUAGACCAAGACUACACAGCAUUCAAGGUCCCCGCCAUGAAGGCGUGUGUUUUCUCUGAAGCCGCAGGCAAGCCGGAAAAGGAAGGCGAAGGGUUUGGGGUCCAGAUUCAGAAGAAGGAGGGUUGGGAGAAGAUCAAGUGGCGAUUUGUGUCUUAA